AUGGUCUGUGGCGACGCGGGCGUUGAAGUCACCAAGGACAAUCAACUUGUCCGCCUUCGACACAGUCGCCAAGAGGGCGUGCAGGUCCUCGUAGAAUUUGCCUCUUGCGGCGGCGUCGGGGCUGGUCAUCGUCAGAGCGUAGGCGCUGAUGAUGGUGGCGAAUUUGCCCCCACCCCGGAGGAGAGGCAGGCGGAGGCUCAUCAGGCGGUCGUUGAUUUGUGCUGA